CCAUCCAUUUCUCUCCCUAUAUAAACUCCUCCUUCUUCCUCUCUACGCCGCCCUUCUCUUUCCGGCGUUCUUCAUUUCCUACUCCUUCUGUUCUUUUUCACCUUAACCAGAUCGACGAAAUGGACAUUCUCUUCUUCUUCUUCGGUGCUCUCGGAAACGCGACUGCUCUGUUUCUGUUCUUAUCGCCAAUAAUUACUUUCAAGAGAAUCAUCAAAAGCAAAUCGACUGAGCAAUUCUCCGGCAUUCCCUAUGUUAUGACGAUGCUUAAUUGUCUUCUUUCCGCUUGGUACGGCCUGCCGUUUGUGUCGCCACACAAUAUAUUGGUUACGUCGAUCAACGGAACAGGAGCAGUGAUAGAGAUCGUUUACGUUUUGAUCUUCAUAUUCUACGUUUCGAAGAAAGAGAAGGCGAAAAUGGGAGCGCUGUUUGCGAUAGCGAUAGGCGCGUUCGUGGGCGUUGCGUUGGUGUCGGUUUUUGCUUUGCACGGCAAAAACCGUAAGGUGUUCUGUGGUUUGGUUGCUUUGGUAUUUUCAAUCAUUAUGUACGGCUCGCCACUAUCCAUAAUGAGAACAGUGAUAAAGACGAAGAGCGUCGAGUUCAUGCCAUUUUUUCUGUCGCUGUUCGUGUUCUUGUGUGGCACGUCUUGGUUCAUAUAUGGCCUUCUUGGUCACGACCCUUUCCUUGCUGUGCCAAAUGGGUUCGGAUGUGGCUUGGGAGCGCUCCAAUUGAUUCUCUACAUGAUCUACCGAGGUCGGCAGCCAAGGCCAGAGAAGAAGCCCACGAGCGAUGGAUCCAACGUGGAGAUGGACCAACAGAAGCCCCAACUAGAGAAGCCACAGGCCACUGCCAAAGUGGGUCGCGAUGAUCAAGUCUAGACACUAUGUGCUUUGUGAUGCCCUUCUAAGUUAUCCUACUACUGCGUUUUACAGUUUGUGUCGGUGUUUUUAAGCUUUCGGUUUUGUUGUGGGUUAAGAAUGGACAAGACGACAUGUCGAUCUGCAAACCGAACAAAAUGGUCGGAGAGGAAGAGGAACGACAUGUCUCGUUGAACCAUCUCCCUCUUAUGUAUUUCGAACUUCCAAAUUGGUGAGUUACUCAAGGAAUAACCUCAAAAUGGUCAUUUUCUUGAAUAAGACUAUAAUAAGUAGAGAAUUGAAGAAUAAUAGAGUUAUAAAACAAACUUAAUGGACAACAAUAUAUGUAUCCUAUCACGAAAAAUAAUAGUAAUGGAAACAAGUUUUAUGGGUUCACACAAGAC